AUGAAGAUUUUUUCAGUCCAAGUGCUCUAUAAAGGCCCUGAUGGCAGAGCAAAAACUCUCAAAUCUGCUCAUGAUUUGAGUAGUUUCAGUUUCUUUCAAAGAGGUUCCGUUCAGGAAUUCAUGAUUUUUACUGGGAAGUUACUGGUUGAACGUUCUGCCUUGUCAAGCCGUAGUUCUGUGAAAGAAAAUGAAUAUUUUUGUCAUACAUUUGUACGACAAGAUGGAUUAUCGGGCAUUUGUAUAACGGAUGCAGAAUAUCAGCAGCGUAUCGCAUUCACUAUGUUGCGACGAAUAUUGGAUGAUUUUGCAACCAAAGUGUUAUCAGUUCAAUGGGCACAAAUAAAAAAUGAGAAAGAUUGCACAUAUACAGGUUUACCGGAUCUAUUGAUGAAAUGGCAGAAUCCUCGUGAAGCUGAUGCGAUGACUCGAGUUCAGGAAGAAGUAGAAGAGACGAAAGUAGUAUUGCAUAAUACGAUACAAUCAGUACUGGAACGUGGUGAGAAGCUUGAUGACUUGAUUGCUGCUAGUGAAGGCCUCUCCAAUCAAAGUAAAUUAUUUUACACCCAGGCAAGAAAAAUGAACAAAUGUUGUAGCUGGGCUUAA